UAUGAAGCACGACUGGUCGAAGGGCAGACAAGAAGAAAUGGAGAGCAACGAGUGGAAGUGGGAGAGAAACAUUUUCAGUUCGGAAGAUGAACAAGACAGCGUACCCGUGAAAACGAUCAAGGACAACGAUCGCUCAAUUCUACCUGACUCAAGCGAUCCAAACUAUAUGUUGCACUUGGAAAAGCUCCACCGAAAAAUCAAUACGAUGGAGGACGUUCAGGCACUGUUCAAAAUCGCGCAGUUGAUAGUUGACACAGGAAAGUACAACUUGGCAGAAAAUAUCAUUGACUUUGAUCUGUGCGCACUGGACAGGUGCACGAUAGAGCUGAUCCACGAAAUAAUCGUUCCCCUUGGUUAUGACUGAUGUAUACUAUAUAGGCUAGCAAAAGCUAUACAUGUAAAUAAUAUAUAAGUAUCGUUAUU